UCCCUUCGCGAGCUUCCUUCUCAUUCUGUCGGCGACCACGGCCCGAGCCAGUCGCUUGCUCCCUCGCCUACCCGCCGCGGAAAACUUCUUGUUGGAUGGUUACUUUCCCAACCGCCGCCGGGUCAUUCAAAAUGAAUGGCCCAGGGAAGUAAUUUUGUGCCAGGGUCCGUAUGAGUCGUGCAGUGAUUUAUUAAAUACGCAACCAUGGCGCUCGUCGUUAAACUUAACCGGUUUAAAGUGCUAAAGUGUAAGAACGAGAAGUUCGCACGCCUCGACUUUCGAGGAUCCAACAAGUACUCGUCCGUGCUGCUACACGCAGAUGAGAUCAUCUUCGUCAACCAGCGCUUCGAAUGGGCAGUGGUCCGCCCGAUAGACCCCGGCGAGGUGGUGACUCUGCACCUACUGUCGCGUGUCCGCUGGGGCACCCCUCGCGUGCUGGGAGUCUACCGCCUGGGGUUGCAAAUCGUAGUCUCUGACGGACAGCUGUCCAUCACCGACACGCUCGUCGAUGACAGGAAUAAGCCUGUGCCGGUCUUUGUGGACAUGGAAGUGUACUACACUCCACCCACCGGAAUUUUGAAAGAAGAACUCUUUCGUGGUGAGACCAGCUCCUUGAAGGGGUCCUCUCACAACAUACCAGUGCAAGGAUCAGCACCAGUUCCUAUCCACGGAGCUGCUGGCUACCACUCAACCCCUGGGUCUUCCAGGGGCUCUCUGACUGGAUUAUCUCCUAAAGAUUCAGAGGACAAUGUCCUGGAGGACGUUCAGAGGAAUAUAGAGACUCUUGAACAGUCUCUGCGUAAUAAGGAGCAGGCACUUGAUAUGGAUUUCUUGGAAGAGACACGAGCUCAUAAGCUGAAGACCGCUGGGAAGCGAUUCCUCAGACGUGGCUUCACCCUCGGCAGUGAGAAGGCUCUGGUUGAGUUGCCAGAGCGCAAAAGACCUUCAACUCUGAAGACAGUCAAGACUUUUAUGCGCAUCGGCAAGGUUCGGCCUAGCCGCGGCAGCAGUGAUGAGGAGCAGGGUCUACUGGAUACUCCUGGACCUUCCUCGGAGCCAGAUCGCCCCACGAGCCAGAUUUCUGUAUCAUCUGAUGAAGUGUUAGUCGAUGUUCAUUCACCUACUGACACGCCGAAGUUUAAGAAGCUGCGUGCAGUCAUCGACACCGGUUGCCCCUCGGCUCUGAAAGCCGCCGACUUCCAAGUGUGCGUCACGGUCAUCGAAGCCCGCCAGCUGGCCGGCCUCAACAUGGACCCUGUGGUCUGCGUGCAAGUCGGAGACGUUCGAAAAUAUACUAGCGUCAAGGAGAGCACUAAUUGCCCUUAUUACAAUGAGUACUUCGUGUUCGACUUCCACAUGCCGCCGAUAAUGCUGUUCGAUAAGAUCAUCACACUGUCGGUGCUGCAAUCUCGCAACAUACUGCGAGCCAACAAACUCCUGGGCAACUUCAAGCUGGAUGUAGCCACCGUGUGGAGCCAACCUGAUCGCCAGUUUUUCCACAAAUGGGCUCUGCUGACGGACCCUGACGACGUGGCUGCUGGCGCUAAGGGUUACCUGAAGUGUGACAUCAGCGUCAUCGGCAAGGGAGACACCAUCAAGGUUCCACCGAAGAGUGAGAAGGAUGAAGACGAUAUUGAAGCGAACCUACUUCUGCCCGACGGAGUACCGAUUGAGCGUCAACGAGCCAGAUUCAUCGUCAAGAUCCACAAAGCUGAUGGUCUACCGAAGAUGAACUACUCCAUCUUGGCCAACGUGAAGAGAGCAUUCACUGGAGAAAGCCAGGACUUGGUGGAUCCUUAUGUCCAAGUGUGCUUCGCUGGAAUGACUGGCUCAACAUCAGUCCGCAAGAACUCGUACACCCCCACCUGGAACGAGCAGAUAGUCUUCACAGAGAUGUUCCCGCCGCUGUGUCAGCGCAUCAAGAUCCAGCUGCGAGACAACGACCCCGUGCAUCCCAACGUCAUCGGCACCCACUUCAUCGACCUCAAGUCCAUCUCCAAUGAUGGGGAGAGAGGGUUCCUGCCGACAUUCGGUCCUGCCUACAUCUACAUGUACGGGUCUACCCGUGACUACAGCCUGCUGGAUCAGCACGCAGGAUUGAAUAUGGGGAUGGGUGAGGGAGUUUCCUACAGGGGAAGGAUCCUGAUCUCCAUCCGCACCGAAAUAAUCGACAGUCUGGAGUGCCCAGCCUCAGACAUAGAAGUGGAACCCAUUCCACCAAUAAACGAACAGAGCUUUGAGAAAAACGAGGAGUUUUUUCUGUUCGCCAGCAUCUUCGAAGCCAACAUGAUAGACAAACGUCUAACUGACAAACCGCUGCAGUUUGAACUCAGUAUUGGCAAUUCUGGUAACUCGCUGGACGGUCACCACGAGUCAGUCAAACGACCCCAGGACUUAGAUGCUGAAUUAGACGAAAUAAGUGCCGACACCGGCUACUGGCAGAGCACGACGCACCCGACAAAAGCGUCAUCGACCGACAAGACUUACUAUUAUCUGCCAUAUUGGGACCACAAGCAGUGCAUGCAUGUUCGCAGCAUCUGGCCAGACCACCGCCGACGCAUGUACAACUCCAACCUUAUUGCGAAGAUCAUUGAGAAAUAUGAAGAAGGACUAAGCGAUGCUCAAGCAGCAAUAGAGGCGGACUCAAGCCCCGAUAUCUCCUGCGUGCUGAUGCUGAAGACGACCCUGGAAGCUGUCAGCGUCGCAUGCACAGCUUACGUGCGCCACAUGGCCGGCGCUCAGCCCUUCGGCAACACCAAGCUCGAUAAGGAGAGGCAGAAACAAUGCGUCUAUGAAAUCGAACACAUUGCAGCAAUGACCAAAAGCCUGAGGGCUUUGAUUACAAAACACUCUAUCAAGGAGCGUCUGCGCACUGCUUUCACAUAUCUGAACAAAUUGAAGCAUCUUUGUGAAGAUUCGCAGCACGCAUUGCCAGAUGUAUUCAUCUGGUUGAUAAGCAACGGCAAACGCCUGGCCUACCAUCGAGUCCAAGCCAGGGAUAUCAUUUAUUCUGAUUACACAAAUGAAUGCGGUAAACUUUGCGGCAAGAUGCAGACUAUUUUCCUCAAGUGGCCGGGUAAGAAGUCGGCUUCGCCAAGCGGCUGGUCCAUUCCUGCUAAGAUCAGUGUGUACCUGUGGCUUGGCAUACUGCAGGAUAAGAAGCAUUACAUCGAUGGUCUGCCUCAGGGCUAUGAGCUCAGCUCCGAGUUGAGGAAUGCUGACAAACUGCGUUCCAACGCCCCGUCUACGAUCUUUUACGCCGAAAAACAUAAUUUCCAAAUGCGUGCUUAUGUAUAUCAAGCUCGAUCUUUGAUUGGAUCUGACUCGUCUGGGCUGUCUGAUCCAUUUGCACGCAUCAUUAUCGGCGAGAGCACCGCUACCACACAAGUCAUUGAUGAAACAUUGAGUCCCACCUGGGAUGAACUGCUAGUAUUCGACGAUGUGCUGCUGUACAGCACUAUUGAACGAAUCAGGGCCGACCCGCCCACAGUCGUCAUUGAGAUCUUUGAUCAAGACAAAGUUGGUAAAUCCGAGUUCAUUGGUAGAACACUGGCAAAACCACGCAUUAAAACUUACGAAGAUGUCCAGGGAGGCUCUCAAACACUACCAUCAUUGGAGUGGUAUGAAAUCACGCGUGGUGAUGAUCGAGCUGGAGAACUGCUCGCCACGUUUGAACUGCUGGAAAUACCUCCCAAACAAGAUGCAUCAAUUCUGCCUGAUUUACCAUCACCACGAGAGGCUAAUGGGAAGCCACCAAUUGAUAUCAACAAGGGCCCAAUACUUCCCGUACCCAGGGGCAUUCGUCCAACACUAUCCAAGUACCGCAUUGAAGUACUUUUCUGGGGGCUGCGUGACUUGAAACGGGUUCACCUCCUGACAGUAGACAAACCUCGAGUUGAUAUUGAAUGUGCCGGCAAUAUCCUGUACUCAUCUGUAAUUCAGAAUGCGAAGCGCAAUCCCAACUUUACAAAUCCCAUUAAAUUCGUUGAUGUGGAACUGCCAGAUCAGGAUUUGUACAGACCACCUCUGACCAUACGCGUGGUCGAUUGUCGAAGUUUUGGAAGAAUCACUCUGGUAGGGACUCAUACGAUAAACUCUAUUCACAAGUACAUCUAUACCCCGAUGAGCAAGCGCGAGCGAGACAUCGAGGAAAGGAAGAAAUCUCUGAUUCCCUUGCAAAACAUUGAUUUACGAGCUAACUGCAUAGUUCAGGAUGACGCAUUCGCCAUCGAAAAUGAAAAGGAGAGCUGCCCAUUGCUGCUAAGAGAUGGCAAGGGUAAUAUUUCAUAUGGUUCCAGCAUAAGGUCACACAUUUAUACUCGUAAGAAGUAUGACAAACGUGACUCAAUGAAGAAGCGUAAGGCCAGCACUGACUCAGUGUUAGAUGAUGACGAGGGCAGCAAAGAUUGGUGGACUAAGUACUUUGCUUCAGUUGAAGCUAUGAUCGAAGAUGAAAAAGAAGCCAAAAGAGAGCGCCAAGGUUUUCUGCAGCCAGCGCAAGUGUCAUAUGUCAGUGAAAUUCGCUCACCAAGGGACGACAUACAUGCAGUGAGACCGGAUCGUGAUAGAGAUCGUGACAGAGACAGAGAUCGGAUUAAAAAGAGACAACCAGCAUCACCAAAACCUAAAGCCAGUCCAACACUGGCUAAGAAAAAUCAGAUACCGCGCGCAGCACUGGCUAAGAUAUAUCCACAUGAGCUGGAGGCUGUGCCUGAAUAUGAUGAAUUCAAAGAAUGGCUCCACUCCUUUGAGCUGUACAGGGGCAAGAAGACUGGUGACGACUCGGAAGAUGAGAACAGAGUCGUAGGCGUCUUCAAGGGAGCCGUCAAAGUUUACAAGUGGCCGCUGCCACGAGGAAUUGAUGACCACACCGUUAUGGGAUUUGAUCCAAAUUUUGGGUUUUUCCAAGGUGUUCCGAAUAACGAACCCAUCCACGUGCUUGUACGCGUAUACAUUGUUAAGGCUACCGAUUUACAUCCGAUGGACCUUAAUGGAAAAGCUGACCCUUAUAUUGUGCUGCAUUUGGGAUCAAAGAGAAUCAGCGACAAGGAGAAUUAUGUGUCCAAGCAACUAAACCCAGUAUUUGGAAAGUGUUUUGAAAUUGAAGCAACAUUCCCCCAAGAUUCAAUGCUGACAAUACAAGUCCUGGACUGGGACUUGCUCGGAGCUGAUGAUCUGAUCGGAGAAACUAAGAUUGAUCUUGAGAAUCGUUUCUACAGUCGACAUAGGGCUACCUGCGGACUGCCCAUGAAAUAUGAAGAACAAGGCUACAACCGCUGGCGCGAUGCUAUGAAGCCGACUCAAAUCUUGGCCAAACUCUGCAAAGAUGGGAAAUUGGAUCCUCCUGUUUAUGAACACGGUCGUGUGAAGGUCGGUCGUACUGUGUUCAAUAUGCCGAUGGACGAUACCGAGCUGUUCUCCAACUCCGACACUGUGGAAGAACAGAUGGCGCUGGUGGUGCUCCGCCGGUGGCAGGAAGUACCGCGGGUUGGGACCCGCCUCGUCACCGAACACGUUGAGACUAGACCGUUAUACAACCCCAGCAAACCUGGUAUUGAGCAAGGCCGCCUAGAGAUGUGGGUGGACAUGUUCCCCAUGGACAUGCCACUCCCAGGCCCGCCGAUGGACAUAUCAGCUCGCAAGCCCAAGUCCUAUGAGAUGAGGGUCAUCAUCUGGAACACUGAUGACGUAGUGUUGGAAGACGACGCAUUCUUCACGGGAGAAAAGAUGUCUGACAUUUAUGUUAAGGGGUGGGUGAAAGGUCCCGACGACUGUCAAUGCACAGACAUACAUUACCGUUCUUUGACCGGAGAAGGAAACUUCAACUGGCGUUUCAUAUAUCCAUUCGACUACCUGGAAGCCGAGGAACGCAUAGUGAUCUCCCGCAAGGAGUCUCUGUUCUCUUGGGAUGAGACCGAGUGCAAGAUACCAGCCCGCCUUGAACUGCAAGUGUGGGAUGCUGAUCAUUUCUCUGCAGAUGACUUUUUGGGCGCCAUUACCCUGGACUUGAGCAGAUUCCCGCGCGGAGCCAAGUCUUCAAAGCUGUGCACUCUGGACAUGCUGCAAUACGAUGGCUCCGUGCCCAUGGUCAACAUCUUCAAACAGAAGCGCGUCAAAGGCUGGUGGCCAUUCUACAUAAAGCGCGACACGGAAGAAAUGGAGCUCACAGGAAAAGUGGAAGCCGAGAUACAUCUGCUGACCCGCGAGGAAGCUGACAAGGUGCCGGCUGGCCUCGGCCGGAGCGAGCCCGACCCCCUGGAUAAACCUAAUCGACCCGAUGCCUCGUUCAUGUGGUUCCUGAACCCGUUGAAGUCGAUCCGGUACAUCGUGUGGCACAACUACAAGUGGACUAUCCUGAAGCUCUCCAUCGUCAUACUGCUGGCUCUGAUGUUCCUGCUGCUGGUCUACGCAGUACCCGGGUACACGGUCAAGAAACUUCUGGGAGCUUAAAAUGGACCUUACGCUAACGAUUCAGUCACAUAUACUACAGCCGAUUAUUAUAACAACAAUAUUCUUUUAAAUUAGAUUAGGUUUUGAUGUCUAUUUAUCACAAAAAAUGCAAAAAAACACAAAAAUAUUUUAAUUAAUUGUAUCCACAUAUUUAAUCAAUAGAUCAUUAUCCACAGUUGUAUCUAUGUAGAAAGUAUUAUCAAAUAGAGGAAUCUACUUUUAAAUAAAUAUAAAAAUGUAUAUUUAGAGAUAAGUACCUAAUAUACACAGAUAUUAUAUAUUUCAACGUAUCUAUAUAUUUUAUCAUAUACUUACCUGUAAGUUAAGCUUACUUUAAACUUA